AGUCCACAUGACGACACCCAAGUGCAGUCACUGUGUCAUCCUUUCUCCUAUGCCCCAUGUUACUCCAGAACCAGAAUCAGGUCUUUCUCUGCUUCUGUCCACCCAAGAUAAAGGUACAGAUUUCACAAAAACAAGCCCAUUUUGCCAAAAUCGUUCGAGACAUCCCAGCAGUUAGCCUACAGCAUGCCUGGAGCAGUCGGUCUCAGCCCGUGCCCCAUGCGAUGGAGCCGGACGGACUCACGUGCCCCGGGUGAAGGCUCUUCCUGCGAAAUGUUAAAAUUCCCACCGCCCCUCCCAGGCAGGUGGAAGGAUAAGGCUGCAGAUAACAGGUAACUGCAUGGCAUUUCCUGCGGUCCUUGCCCUGUGCUGGCUGCAGGAGCUGACCUUCCACCAGCUGUGCAUGGGAAAUACACGGGCGAUGGGAUGCGCGUCCUCCUGUGCCUGUGACCACGUACAGCUUGGAUGUGUGCACCUAACCAAGUGCGUUUAGUCCCGUAUUUGUACACAGUAAGAGCAUGGGAAGCGUGGAUGUAAAUCACAAACCACUAGAAGGCUGUGGCUCUGAUGCUGGACAGCCGACGGGCGUCCGUGCCUGCGUGCAGGCUGACUUUUGGCAGCCGGCCGCCUCGGGGCUGACAGCGAGGGGGACGCGGGGACCCCGCGGGAGGGUGCCCGACCCCGGGGGGCUCCGGGGGGUUCCGGGGGGCCCCGGCCCCGGCUGCAGCCCCUGUCCCGGCCCGGCGGGGCCAGGUGAGCCGGCGGCUGCGGCGGCUGCGGCGGGAGCCCGGCCCUCAAGGAGUUACCGGUUGGGAAAAUGACUUCAUGUUUUCUGCCCGGCUCCUCUCGGCUCGCCCCCCACGGCCCCGUUUCACAAUCCCGCCGCGCUCAGACGGGGCGAGCGCUGUGUCAAGCCCGGCGCACGCCACAGCGCACACCCCCGUGUUCUCUCACCCCGGAUUUUCCCGGGCCGUGAAUAAUCUCGAAGCCCCCUCGAUAAAUACACGUUCAGGGAUGCCCGGAGCUCACUCAACCCGCCAGCCUCUCCUCCUCCUCCGAAGACGGGCCGGAGCCGAAGAAGAAGAGCCUCACCAUGAGCUUUCCCGACGGCUGCCGGGCGACGAGGCGCCGGGGGCCGCCCUCCCUCCGCUCCGCCGCCGCCCUGCUGCUGCUGCUGCCGCUGCUGCCGCCGCCCGCCGCCGCCGCGCCGCUGUCCCUGGCCGCGGCCUCCGACUCCUCCGGGGAGGCCGAGCCGGAGGAGGCCGGGGCGAGGCGGGCGGCGCUGCCCGACUGCGAGGCCCUGGCCUGGCUGCUGCACGCCCGGGCGGCCCGGCUGCAGGAGGAGAUGUGCGAGAAGUUCACCGUCUGCGAGAACAGCAUGGAGAUGCUGGUCCAGAACAACCUCAACCUUCCCAAGGUGACGGAGGAAGACGGGUGUCUCCUGGCUGGCUUCGACGAGGCAAGGAACCGCUCUCUUUCUCGCCCGAACCCCGGCAGCAGUCUUGGGCCUGCCCCAAAAGCAGCUGAGCCCAAGACUUGUGCCCACUCCCUCCUGCCCACCUGCCCCUACAGACAGCGCUCCGCCGAAGCCACGUCUGAGUUAGAGCUGACCUUCUCACCUUUCUCUUUCCAGGAGAAAUGCUUGAAGAAACUCUCCAGUGGGCUUUUCACCUUUCAGACCUACCUUGAAUACGUACAGGAAACUUUUACAAGUGAAAAGCAAAAAGUUGAGUCGCUGUACUAUAGCACAAAGCAUCUGGCAACGACAAUAAGGCAGAUGGUGAUAAAUCCUGAUGAAGUGGUCAUCCCAGAUUCAGCUACCCAGAAAUCCCUCCUCACAAAGCUGAAGUCGGAUAAGACCUGGAUAGAGAAAAUCACCACACACCUCAUCCUCCGAGACUUUACUUCAUUUAUGGAGAAAACCGUGAGGGCUGUUCGCUAUUUGAAAAACACCAGGAGUUUCAGUGUCUGAAUGUUUUAAUUCGGGCACAAUCCUUUGUUACAAAUCUGUCAUGUGGCAGAUGACAGUGUUGUUCUGUUUUAAGAACCAGAAAUAGUAACAAUGGUUUGCAUAUAUCCUCAUUUCCUUCUAGGAACCUAUUUAUUGUAUUUAAAAUAUUUAUUCAUUUCUAAUGAUUUCUAUUUAUAUUUUCAAUAUUUAGAAAUAAUUUAAAGAAAGGACCUAUUUUAUUUCAUUUCUAAUGGUACUAUUCAGAAUAUCAACUUAUUUAAUAUGUAUUUGAUACCAAAAGAAUUUUUCAGAAGCUAGAUUGUUGUACAACUUAUGCUUUUAAAAUAUUUGAGAGAUUUCAUUUAUGACCUAUUUAUAUUUUGUAAACAAAUAAAAG